AUGCAACGGCUGAAUCAGCAUUCGCGGGUAAAUCUCGCGGAGUUGAAAACUCAGAUAGUCAAGAAAAUUGGGGCGGAGAAGACAAAAUUGUACUUCUAUUAUUUGAAUAAAUUCUUGAAUCUGAAGCUGAGCAAGGUUGAGUUCAAUAAGCUAUGUAUUCGGGUUAUUGGAAGAGAAAAUAUUCCUUUACAUAACCAAUUCAUAUGUUCAAUUUUGAAAAAUGCUUGUACUGCCAAAAUUCCACCACCACAAAGUCAUGAUAAAGAGAUCCCAGAAUCUAUAAUUGAUGGUUCCCACUAUUUUCCGAAUGGGAAAGCAGAUUUUGCUUCUCAUCGAUCAACAGUUACAGCUGAUAAUAACAUAGCUUCAGAAGAUGGCAUGCCGAAGGUGCAGCAUCAUCAAGUUCUCUUGGAAAAAGCUGAGAGAGACGGAGAAGUAUUAUUACACCAGCCAACCAAAUCAUCACAAGCAAGACAAUCAGCAGACGGUUCAGUUUCUAUACAGAGUAAAGAACAGAGUGAUAUAUCUGUUGUUCAACACAGAAAAGAGAUAUCUGCUAUAAGUUCACUUGUGGCUCCACUUGGAAUUCCAUUUUGCAGUGUAAGUGUCGGUGGUGCCCGUAAACCUUUACCUUCAGCAACCAAUGGUAGAUGCAAUAGUUCAUAUGAGAAUGGUGGAUUGCUAGACUCACAAUUGCUAAGAGAGCGAAUGCAACAAAUUGCUGCUGCACAGGGCCUUGAUAGUGUGUCGGUGGACUCAGCCAAUUUGCUGAACAGUGGCUUGGAUGCUUACUUAAAACGGUUGAUCAAGUCUUGCAUGGAACUUGUAGGUAAAAGCUGCAACCAUGAUUUGAUGACAAAAAAUAGCCACAAGCAAAAUUCUCAUGGGAAGCUGAAUGGGAGUUUGCCAGGCCAUCAUAUGCAGGCACAAAGUAGCAGCAUGCUCUUAGAUGGAAUUCAAGAACAAAGAUCCCAGUUCUCGAUAUCUUUGCUAGAUUUCAAAGUUGCAAUGGAGCUUAAUCCACAGCAGCUUGGAGAAGACUGGCCAUUGCUGCUGGGGAAAAUUAUGCAUGCAUUUGAAGAAUAA